AUGAGCAAUCUCGACAGGGCUAUUGCGCAACUACGCGCUUGCCGGCCGAUUCCCGAAAAUGAAGUCCGAGAGCUUUGCCACCGAGCCCGAGAGCUGUUGAUAGAGGAGGGCAAUGUCGUCACCGUGACUGCCCCAGUGACGAUUUGUGGCGAUAUUCACGGGCAGUUUCAUGACCUGAUGGAGCUGUUCCGCGUCGGAGGAGACGUCCCCGACACCAACUACCUCUUCAUGGGUGACUUUGUCGACCGUGGCUUCUAUUCUCUCGAGUCAUUCCUUCUUUUGCUUUGUCUCAAAGUUCGAUACCCUGACCGCAUGACGCUCAUUCGCGGAAACCACGAAUCGCGCCAAAUAACAACUGUCUACGGCUUUUACGACGAAUGCUUGCGAAAAUACGGCAGUGCCAACGUCUGGCGAUACUGCUGCGACGUCUUCGACUACCUCGCUCUAGGUGCCAUCGUUCUUGGAGCGUCGAAUACGCUCUCCAACCAAGGCGAGCCCAUCGACGACGAAACGGAAAUUGAGGUCUGCGACCAAAACGGAUCGAUUAUUAGUCGCUUCUCACGUCAGCGGGGCCAGGCCAACAGUCAACGGCAACAAGGGCAGGCCUCAUCCAGCAGCGGAAGCGGUGGUGGCACAGGAGACAAGACGGGUCCACCAGGCUCUGGCGCCUCUGGCUCCAGCAACGGAAGUAUUGGCAACCCGGCAGGCGCGGUGCUCUGUGUGCAUGGCGGCUUGAGUCCGCUUAUCGACUCGGUGGACAAGAUCCGCCUUAUCGACCGCAAGCAAGAAGUGCCUCACGAGGGAGCCAUGUGCGACUUAUUGUGGUCUGAUCCAGACGACAUUGACGGAUGGGGCUUGUCGCCGCGCGGGGCCGGUUUCCUAUUCGGCGCUGAUAUUGUCAAGGUCUUCAAUCAUAGGAACGACUUGAGCCUCAUUGCGCGAGCCCAUCAGCUUGUCAUGGAAGGAUUUAAGGAAAUGUUUGAUUCCUCUAUUGUCACCGUCUGGUCUGCGCCGAACUACUGUUACCGCUGCGGCAAUGUUGCGGCAGUGCUCGAACUGUGCGAGGACGAGUCUGGCACCGGUGUCUUUGCGCGAAGCAACGGCGACGUUGGUCGCAGUGACGGCGGCGCCGGCGUCAAUGGCCGUGGUUUGAUGAUGGAGUCUGACACGCAUAACAUGCCAAACAAUGGACCGGCGAGACGCUACCGUGUUUUCCAAGCAGCUCCCCAGGACUCCCGCGGUAUGCCGGCGAAGAAACCUGUGGCAGACUACUUCCUCUAG